AUGGUUUCCAAUCCCGACACCCCGAGCAGCGCGAACAUUCAUGAAAGUGAUCCCAAGGGCACGACACCAAAAGGGUCUGCCUUUUUCAGUCUUCUGAAAAGAAGCAGCCACCAUCUCCGGCGCUUCAGCAAAGAUGACACCCUACGGACCUCCAAUACGAACCUAAAAACUGCGCCGGACGAGAAGGCGAGGCAAAUACAACGCAGCGAUGAAAAUAGUCCCACGGCAGUGAAAUCCUUGACUGAAAAGCCCCAGUCUGAUGUGAAACCGAUUGUAAAAGCAUCUGUCUCGAUUCUGCGAAAAAGCAAUCAGCUGGGUCUCGACUCGAUUAUAUGGGAUGAUUCCUCUAGGGAUCGCCAGAAUAUGCAACGAUCUGUGGAUUUGGAUGCUAUGAUCGCGCGACUCCUGCAGGUGGGAUAUUCGAAGCCCACCAAAAGCGUGUGUCUCAACAAUACGGAAAUUGUGGCUAUUUGCUCCGCGGCCCGCAACGUCCUUCUUUCCCAGCCGGUUCUUUUGGAGCUGAAUGCUCCAAUCCAGAUUGUCGGGGAUCUUCAUGGCCAGUUCACGGAUCUUGUGCGCCUCUUUGAUAUGUGUGGGCACCCUCCGGCCUCCAACUACCUCCUUCUUGGAGACUACGUCGACCGCGGCAAGCAAAGCCUAGAGACAAUGCUGCUGCUAUUAUGCUACAAGCUCAAAUACCCCGAAAACUUUUUCCUACUACGGGGAAAUCACGAAUGUGCCAAUAUCUCCCGCAUCUAUGGAUUCCACGACGAAUGCAAGCGGCGCUGUAACAUCAAAGUAUGGAAAACGUUCACCGAUGUUUUCAACUGUCUCCCCAUCGCUGCAAUUGUCGCAGAGAAGAUAUUUUGCGUUCAUGGCGGCCUUUCGCCCAACCUCACGAAUAUGGAUGAUAUUCGGAAAAUCUCUCGCCCUAUUGAAGUGCCCGAGUACGGCCUGCUCAAUGAUAUCCUAUGGAGCGACCCCGCAAAUAUCAAGGACUGGGGACCUAACGAUGACCGUGGAGUGAGUUGGUGUUUUGGAAAGGCACCAAUUGUGAAUUUCCUGAAACACCACGAGUUCGACCUGGUGUGCCGGUCACACAUGGUGGUGGAAGGUGGGUAUGAGUUCUUUGGGAACAAGUCAUUGGUCACCGUGUUUUCUGCACCAAAUUAUUGCGGAGAGUUCGAAAAUUAUGGAGCCAGCAUGUCAGUUUCGGAGGAGCUGCUCUGCAAUUUCCAGCUAUUGAAACCCUUCCAUUCGAAAAAUCAAAACAAGAAAAUGAGGAGAGCGAAGGAAUCAACAACAACAGAAAAAGCUCUGUAA